AUGAAGGAGAUGAGGUUGGAAUGGGUGGAAAUCAUUGAACCUCGCACACGGGAGCGUAUGUACGCCAACCUCAUCACGGGCGAGUGCGUCUGGGACCCUCCCGCCGGCGUCCGCAUCAAGCGCACCAACGAGAACCAGUGGUGGGAGCUCUUCGACCCCAACACCUCCCGCUUCUACUACUACAAUGCCACCACCCAACGGACGGUGUGGCACCGGCCGCAGAACUGCGACAUCAUCCCUCUGGCCAAGCUGCAGACGCUGAAGCAGAACACCGAGUCGCCUCGGGCCUCCACCGAGAACAGCCCCGGGCGCAGCACCAAUGUCAGCCGUGAAGGGAGCACCAGCUCCUCUUUGGAGCAGGAGCUGGAAGGAGGAGAAAAAGUCCCGGAGCAGAACCGGCCCAGCCGGCAGCCGACUCCGUUUGCCAUCGUUAAAGAAGAAGCAGAAAGCUCUUCGCCGCCUGGAGUUUUUGAAAAGGAAUACGAACUCUACCGAGACUACGGCUCCGAUGGACAACGGCUCCACUACCGGGCAUCUUCUCUCCGUUGGAACACGGGGACGAAGGAACGGAUGCUAAUCAAGGUGACGGACCGCGAGCCCAGCUUCCUGAUGCACCAGGGUAACGGCUACACCCUUGACCAUCAGCAGGGCACCCGGUCGCGGAGGCCCUCGGGUGGCCAGCCCUCCCCCAACCUCCAAACCUUCGCCACCGAUUCCGACAACUCGGUCUUCUUCCCCGAGCGGAAGCCCUCGCCCUUCCUGAAACGGGCCGAUCAUGUGGGCAGCUGCUCCCCAUUGCUGGCACGGGGGGACCCCUUCUGUUCCCCGAUGCAGGGCCAGCACCGCAAGCACUCCAGCGAGUCUCAGCCUUCCUCUCCGCGCUACGCCUACGAGCCGCCCUUGUACGAGGAGCCUCCCAUGGAGUACCAGGCCCCCAUCUAUGACGAGCCCCCGGUGGAUAUGCAGUUCGAGGCCAGCGGGAGCUACAAAGCGGGUUCGCCCCAAAAGUCGCCCAUCCGCAAACCCCACUCGUUCCUGCAGUCACCCAAACAGGGCUCCAACUCCCCGUACCAGCAACUGGUCUUGACCAAGCAGAAGGGCUCGGACCGCUUCAUGAGCCUGGAGUACAGCCCUGCCGGCAAGGAGUACGUGCGGCAACUGGUGUAUGUGGAGCAGGUGGGGUCCAGCCCUACCAUGAAGAGUGCCCCCCGGCACAAAUACUCCCCCAACCCCAUCGGUGGCUCUUACUCGCUGCAGCACAGCCCCUGCCUGAUGCGGGACCAACGCCUGGAGAUCAAAUCUGGAGACUACAGCAGCAUGGAAGGGGCCGAUUUCCGGCACAGCCCUCCGGCUGUCAUGCCGUCGCAGGGGGAGGAUUCCAUGUCCUGCUCCAGCCAGCAGAACACGCUGUCCUCCACGGGUUACUCCCCGGGCAGCCGCAAACGAAAGAGCCGGAAGCCCGCUUUUUCAUACGACCCCAACACAUCGUCCACCGACGGCUCCGGGGAGCGCGACGAAGGCAUGCUAGAGGACAGGCCUCUGUCUGGGUGCAGCCGGUCCCCGGGCGGGCGUCUGGAGAGCCGGUCGGUGGAGGGGGAGUCCUGCAGGGCUUCGGCAGAGCCCUUCCUGGCUCAGGCCCGCCUGGCUUGGGAGGCCCAGCAAGCCCACUAUCACAUGAGGCAGCGCAGCAGCUGGGACUCCCAGAAGGAUGGUUCGGGGUACGAGAGCGAUGGGGCCGUGCCGCUGCCUAUGCCGGGCCCGGUGGUGCGCGCCUUCAGCGAGGACGAGGCGCUGGCCCAGCAGGAGAACAAGCACUGGAAACGCAACCCGUUUGAGAAGCUGGCCUUUCCGCAAAUCCUGCUGGAAAAGAGCGUGUCCGUGCAGACGAAUUUGGCGUCGCCCGAGCCAUACUUGCAUCCGUCCCAGUCAGAAGAUCUUGGCGCCUGCGUCCAGUUUGAGAGCAGCCGCCAAAACCGGAACAUGAUGCCCAGCAACAGCUGCGUCUUCCCCACCUUCAACCUGAGGAAGCCCUCCUCGGAGACAGACAUUGAGAACUGGGCCUCCAAACACUUCAACAAGCACACGCAAGGUCUCUUCCGACGCAAGAUCUCCAUCGCCAACAUGCUGGCCUGGAGCAGCGAGUCCAUCAAGAAGCCCAUGAUCAUGACCAGUGACCGCAAUGUCAAGAAGGAAGCCUGCGAGAUAUUCAAGCUCAUCCAGAUGUACAUGGGCGACCGGCGGUCCAAGACGGACCAACUCAACGUAGCUCUGGAGAUUGCCACCAAAGGGUGGAGCAUGCAGGGCCUCCGCGAUGAGCUUUACAUCCAGUUGUGCCGGCAGACCACUGAGAACUUCCGCUAUGAGAGUCUCGCCCGGGGUUGGGAGCUGAUGUCCAUCUGCCUGGCUUUCUUCCCACCCACGCCCAAGUUCCAUUCCUACUUAGAGGGAUACAUCUACAGGCACAUGGACCCGGUGAACGAUACCAAAGUGACUCAGCACAUUAAAGAUCUUCUGGAGAGAAACAGUAAGAAGAAGUCCAAAUUGAGAAAAAAACCCAAACCUUAUGUUGAAGACCACGAUGGGGUGGCGGUAAGCACUUACGCCAAGUAUUGCUACAGCAAGCUCCAGAAGGCAGCGUUGACUGGCGCCAAGAAGGGUCUGAAGAAGCCAAACAUCGAAGAGAUUCGUCACGCCAAGAACGCCGUCUUCAACCCAUCCAUGUUUGGAAGCUCCCUGCAAGAAAUCAUGAACAUGCAGAAGGAGAGAUACCCGGACCACCAGCUUCCGUGGGUGCAGACCAGGCUAUCGGAAGAGGUCCUCGCACUCAACGGAGACCAGACCGAAGGCAUCUUCAGAGUCCCUGGGGACAUUGAUGAAGUCAACGCCCUCAAACUGCAGGUGGACCAGUGGAAAAUCCCCACUGGUUUAGAAGACCCCCAUGUUCCAGCCUCCUUGCUGAAGCUCUGGUAUCGCGAACUUGAGGAGCCUCUGAUCCCGCACGAGUUUUAUGAAGAGUGCAUCACCCACUACGAGAAUCCCGAAGCUGCCAUCGCCGUCGUCCACUCCCUGCCCAGGAUCAACAAAAUGGUGCUUUGCUACCUCAUCCGUUUCCUCCAGGGGAAGGAGGAUGGUCCAGCUUUCUCCACCGACACAAUUGCCUUAGGCUGGAGCAUAUGA